ACCAACGCGCGCUGCCCAAGAGUCGCGCAUCUUAAACAAAAUCUUUUCAUCUUCACUUCAAAAUAAACGGACCGAUACUACAACAACAUAUUCCGCGCCUAAACUGAGACCGAAACGAAGCAAGCGAACCCGUAUUGUUUUAAACACCGUUUCCUCCGCGCGUGGCUUUUGGUUUGUUUAUAUUUUCGUAGUUUGUCAGCUUAAGCAAUCCGAAAUCUUUUUGGAGAGGGCGCUGCGCGCGAGAGUGUGCGCGUGAAUGUGAGCUUUUGCUUAAUACACAGAGACAUCUCAAGUGUCGGUUUCGCGCUAAUGAAUAGACUUCACUCAAUGGAAUUUUAUAUUUAGAGCUUUCGUACGCCGCUUCUCCCAACGGGCAAUAGUGGACGGCGAAGCAGAAACGGACACGCGAAGCGAGCUCGCGGCAUGGCAGUUUGUGACAUCUAGAAACAUAAGGGACGAGACGCUUGUCGGUUUUAAUCCCAACCGGAAUUGGCGACUUAUGGUCUUUCUAACGGUUUUAGGUGAGGUAUCGCGGUGAACACUCCAGCCGGUGACAAAAUGAUGGCCGGCGGGGCAGUUCAGCAGAACGGGAUAUUCUCCGUUCCUCAGCACAUUUUACAGUCGCCACACAUGGACUCGGAUCCCUGUGAUUCCCGAAAAAGACCGCUGGAAACACCGACCGAGGCGAGCAGUACCAAGCGCACUAACACCGGAGAGGAGGGUGAAUAUUUCCUGAAGGUGUUGAUUCCCAGCUACGCUGCUGGUUCAAUCAUCGGUAAAGGGGGGCAGACCAUCGUCCAGCUUCAGAAAGAGACUGGAGCCACCAUCAAACUAUCCAAAUCUAAAGACUUCUACCCAGGUACGACAGAGCGUGUUUGUUUGAUUCAGGGUACGGUGGAAGCACUAAAUGGAGUCCAUAACUUCAUCGCGGAAAAAGUUCGUGAAAUGCCUCAGAGCAGUCAAAAGACUGAACCGGUCAGCAUUCUCCAGCCACAGACCACUGUAAACCCAGAUCGUGUUAAACAGGCUAAACUGAUCGUGCCCAACAGCACUGCAGGACUCAUCAUCGGUAAGGGUGGGGCUACAGUUAAGGCUGUGAUGGAGCAAUCGGGAGCCUGGGUACAGCUUUCUCAGAAGCCUGAGGGCAUCAAUCUGCAGGAGCGUGUCGUGACGGUGAGCGGGGAACCGGAGCAGAACCGAAAGGCUGUGGAGAUCAUUGUUCAGAAGAUCCAGGAGGACCCACAGAGCAGUAGCUGUCUCAAUAUCAGUUAUUCCAACAUCACCGGCCCCGUGGCCAACUCCAACCCUACCGGAUCCCCCUUCGCCAACUCUACGGAGGUCUUGCCCAACGCCGCUGCGGCCGCCACAGCCUCUACGCUGCUCGGCCAAGCGGGCCUUGCAGGCAUGGGAGGGUUUCCUACGGCUAUGUCUAGUCUUUCCGGUAAUGAUCUACUUGCCAUUACGUCCGCCCUGAACACUUUAGCCAGUUAUGGCUACAACACCAAUACGUUGGGGCUGGGUCUCAACCCGGCCGCGGCAUCUGGAGUGCUUGCUGCCGUUGCAGCUAGUGCCAAUCCUGCAGCUGCAGCUGCAGCCAACCUGCUUGCCACAUAUGCCAGCGAAGCCUCUGGAGGAGGCGGUCAUCCCGCAGCUCCUAGCUUAGGGGGCUUCUCACUCGGCUCUCUAGCGGCUGCCACAGGAGCAUCUAACGGUUACCUGAAUCCUUCAUCCCCACUGGUGGCAUCAUCUCUGCUAGGCACAGAGAAGCUGGCAGAAGGUGGAAAGGAAGUGGUUGAGAUCGCCGUGCCGGAAAACUUGGUCGGUGCCAUUUUGGGAAAAGGUGGCAAGACUCUGGUGGAGUAUCAGGAGCUGACAGGGGCACGAAUUCAGAUCUCCAAAAAAGGCGAGUUCAUUCCAGGCACACGCAAUCGCAAAGUUACCAUCACGGGGUCACCAGCGGCGACGCAAGCCGCUCAGUAUCUCAUCAGCCAGCGAAUCACGUACGAGCAAGGUGUCCGUGCCACCAAUCCUCAGAAGGUGGGCUAGUGAUGGACAGGAGCGGGGAGGGGAACAACAAAAAUGGGAACCGAAGAAAAAAAGAGAGAAUUAAAAAGAUGACUGGAAGAAUGAAAAAGAGAGAAAGAAUGGAACGGGUCGGGGCUUAAAACACGUCCAAAUAUUUCAAAACAUAAUAAGGACAACAACAAAACCAACGAAAAAGAUCUGAUGCGGAACUGUGAAUUGAUAACCUGUUUGGGGCGAAAUGUGAUAUUUUGUGACUGAAAUUCUGCUGUAUUUUUAAAAGUGUUCGGUUGUGUAGGUCUGAAUACUGUGCCCUGGGGCACUCAGAGGAGGAGGAGCUUAAACCUCACUUCCUCUCAUAGCCGGGGUCUUUUGGAUUUAAUUUUCAGUUUUUUGCUUCCACUGCAGAACCCUCACAGUUUAGUUCAAGACCUGAUCCACACCCUGAGCAAGGAGAUAGGAGUUCAAAGUGCUCCCUCUUUUGAUUGUUUUAUUAAUAGUAAAUCCAAUCUCCACAACUAUACCGUAGGCCUAAAAAUGAAAAGGCCAUCUUGAUGGCUCGCAUACUUUGAAGAUAGUUCUGAAACAUUAUAUUAACUCCCUUAUUAUUUUCAACCAAGGCUUAAUCUGAAACACCUGCUCACGUUACUGGAUCUCUGUGAUUAUUCUUCAUUAUGGUCGAUUCACACAUAUGUUCACAUUCAGUCUCUUUUAGAUUUACUCAAACCUGUGAUUCCAGGUUGACCUGAAUGUAUAAAGACUUCCUGAUAUUGUUGGGCUUUUUAUAUGUACAUAUAGUAUCAAACUGAGAUGCUGUUGAGAGCAAACCUAAACUUCAGCCGCAGACACAGACAGACGGCAUACGUCAAAAGUCACAUACUUACCAUUCGAGAACAGGAAUGUAAAACAUACAUCACAUGCAUUUACAUGAAUACAUACAAACUUACUUGCAAGUGCAGUUUAGUCACAGGAUCCCACUUUGGUGCUAUAAGAAAACGCAUACGAUUUUAAGAGAUUUUGAUUUGAGAAAUUAUGCGUGGGUUUGUUAAAGCCUUUGUUAAUUAUUAGGGGGCAUUUUACCCAUGAUGAGGCUAACAAUAAGUGGAUAUUCAAAAGAUCCCGCCAGAGCAGAGACAAAACAGUACACUUAAAAAAAAAUGUCUGUUUUGCCUCGGUAACUUUUAUCUCUCACUACGGAAAACCUUCGGACACGCUACCAAGGAACUGAAGAAUCCUGAACUUGAAAAAUAAUUGGACCUGUUUAGACAGAUGUACCUCUUAACUCCUCCUCUUCCUCUGAUUGGAGGAGCCAGGCAAUGUCUGUGCCUGUUUUGUUUUGAAAGGAGCUCAGGUUGUCAUACCUCAUGUUCGAGAAAGGAGAAAGAUUUCCAGUUUGUAUGCAGUGCAGCAAAGUCUUGGGUGCAUUACGAGUGCCACCUCGUUCAUGUCGCGGUUGAACCCUGUUUGCGUCAGGCUGGCAGCAGAGGUGCAGUUGAGGUAGUGAACGAGAGACUGAAAUGACACACAGCUUUUGUAACCUGUUCGAACUCAUUUGAAGGCCAGAGGACGCUACUCGAAUGACUGUCUACCUUCAGCCUUCUACUGUAAAGCAGCGUUACUGCAAGGCAAACUCUUGCAGAUUAACCGAUCUUACAUCUGCUUCCUUCGAGAAACCAAACGUCUAACAGCAUCGAGACUGCAGGCCGUUCCCUUUGCCCAAUGUCUCUAAGGCAUUGCUGGAGAGUUUCAUUUGCCCUCCACCUUUUCGACUGAUCAACAGUUGCACAGAAAAGCGGUGAUAGUUAAUCAUUACUUAAUUCCACUGCAUCAAAGUGUUUGCUGCUAACAGCGUUUUCGGUCUUGCCAGCAAUUGUCUCUUGCAUGGGGAGUGAGCGGGAGGUCCCGUACAAAGAGCGAGCGAUCGUCUCUGAACCACACUGUGAAUCCAGCGGCCUGACGCCAUCGCAACUAUGGAAUGUACUGUACAUAUUUCACACCAUCGAGGGCGCGUCCAUUAUGACACAGCGUGACGGAACAAAGCAAUGAAACCGAGCGAGCACAAGACCGGCCCCUCCGUAGGAACGUCUACCUGUAGUUUACCUGGCUCUUUCGCAAAACCGGAGGUCGCUGAGGGUCAGAUUCCCCCGCAGCGUCCGGGCCUGUCAUCAAUUAGCAGAUCUCCAUUUGAACCCUGAACUUCUAUAUAUAACAACAACACCGCACAGCCCAAUCUACUGCUGACCUACAUACACACUCUAAAAGACAUUCAUCAUCUCCCUCAAACUACCAGCCCUCUUAUCUGCUCUGUGAGGGGCGAGCGAAAACGUAGAAAAAGGAGGGGAGAGAGAGAAAGAGAGAGAUCGAGAUUAAGAGGGGGAGAGAGUAACCUAUUUCUAUCCAUUGCAUAAUUACGGGGAAUAUUAUCACUAAUGGCAUUUCCCGUCUCUCCUCAUUGCUGUUUUUAAAUGCCAUUUAAAGUUUAACACACACAAUUUUUUAUUAUUAACUGUACCAGCCAUAGGAUAUCAGGUUCUCAAAGUAAUAGCUAUUCAAUACUCUUCGGAGAUCAAACUAUGUACCUGAUUUCAGAAGCACAAGCACUGCAGUGCAACAAUAUGAGGGUAACAUGAUUAUUAACUAAGGGUGACGGACUAAUUUAUAUUUGGAAAAACGCAAUUAUAUAUGCUGAAAAUAAGCUUGACAUUUCGAGAUAUAUACGUUCACGACAUUAGGGUCAAGUGUCUCUCGCUCUCCAGUCUCUUGUUCUCUCUCUAUCUUAGCACUACCUCUUUUCUCUUUCUGUCGUCUUUGACCCCUUAUGUCUUUCUCUCCCACUUUUGUCUUUUCUGCUCUUCCAGCAUUUCGCAUCGAGCCUCUUUCUCCUCUCACUUUCUUCCUCUCCAGGCUGCUGGUCGCCACGGAUGUGUCGCGCGUGCGCGGAGGUCCGUGUGUCCCUGCAGGGGCCGAUGGGUAUUCUGCCCUGCGUGGUGAACACCGUACCUCUGGACUGACGCGCCACAUAAUCUAACAUUAAUACACUUUCUCCCUUGCCUGAAAAUGACUCUACCUUAACUUAGCUAGGACAGGGAAUCUGUGCGGAGAGAACAUAGAGGUGCGUAAACCCGGAACUCUGGGUAAAAAACAAAACAUAUAAAACACAAAACAACAAGGGAGAUGGAUGUGAUAGCCGCACCUCAAUGGCAAACGAUUGCUUCGUUUGUGCUCUAUGUUCUCUCUCCUCUCUCUGAGAACUAUCUAAAACUCAUCUCUGCAUUUUCCUUCAUUUUUUUAAAAAUGAAACUGUGGAAUCCGUCGCGUCUCAUGUUCUUCGUGUAUUUUGAUGUAGUUCCUCUAGUUUGUGGUCUAAAUGCAGUCUUGCGCUGUUGGUUUCGGUGUGUGAUUAUCCGUUAUACUCGUGUGGAUGAUGAAAGUGCCAAUCAAGCCUGGUUAAGAUUAGCUUUGCGAUUUGUUUGUGCAUUAGAGUUGCUCUCUUUGGAGUGCCAGUGUCCAUAUCUACGUCACUGAUAAUUUUAGAUCGACUUAAAAUGUAAAGAACUAUUGGAAGCAAUAUUGUAGCAUGUUGUCAAGUUUUGUGUUUUGUUAUGUCUGUUGUAUGAGCCUUUGGAUUUACUACAAAUUUUGAAUGAAUAGGUUUACAUGUACUUUUUUGUAAUACCGUAAGUUUAAAAAAAAAUAAAAUAUGAAAAAAUGCUGCUAUUUGAUAAGUGAAAUAUAAAGAAAUAUUUUAGUUGAAAAAAAACUAUGUCUGGUCUUUUGAUUAGGAUUGUGCUCGUUUUCGACAGGGGUAUAAACGAGGUGUAUCGAUAUAAAUUACAUAGACGCAGUAAUAAUAGUCAACCUGUGCCAAACUAGACCAUCACAGCUUCUCAACGUGUAGGUGUGUGAUGAAACGUUAGAUAUCAAUAACUUAUUUAGAAGCAUUGAACAAGUGCCAAUCAAUCAGUAUCUUUUAGUUCCAAUGAAAAGAUAAUCAACGAUUGAAAAGAAUUGUUGUUUUUACCCCAUAGCUGCGUAGACUAAGAGAAGCAUUGUUUUAUGCAUCCAUAUGGUUUUGAUACACUCAGUAGAAGCAUCCUGUGCAUUCGUUUAACCUGUGGCUUCCGCACUGCUUUUACGUCAUAUUGUCCCUGUAGGUCGGCAUGGAGUAGGCAUACAUAUGUUAUACACAUGUUAUUAAGCACUCAUAACACAGCCAUUUAUGAAAGUGUGUUUUGUGGAUUUAGGUGUUAUCUUUUUGCACGUCUCUAUUGCAUGAUAUCCAAGUGAAUUAUUGAGGGGUGGGAAAUCAAAACUAACAGACGAACAUUUAAAAAAAAGAAUAAUAAUAAUAAUAAUAAUAAAAAAAAAAGAAGUAACCGUUCUGUGUCCUAUGUCGCUCUGAGACACGGUUCUGCAUGUGUCACAAACGGAGCACUCUUUCUUUUGUCACUACAUUCUUUUUAUUUUUCUCUGGUUUUUACUGCAUAUGUUUCUCUCGGUCAGAUGGGUGUGGCCUUAUAAACGCCAAUACACAUAGGCCUAAGAACUGCAGCGUAACCAUGGGAACUGGAGUCAAUCAGGAAUUUAUGAAAAAGCGAAAGGAUUCCAGUUUACGGCAAAGCGAGACAUCUCUCGGUCUCUGAUUUCAAGGGAAAACACCCAUGCAUGGAAAUGUCGUUUAAUUUCGAAUUUGGGCUACGGUCACGUUUGUUCACAUGAAGAACUGCAUUCAUUGGUUUCAGACUUCUCUAGUUUCUCAGCUUGAUUCUCCUAACCCCACAUGUAAUUUAUGAAUGUAUUUACAUUUGCAUAAACUGAAACAAAAUGUAAUUUCAAUGUUAAAUGUCUUAGGUGUGACGUUUACGGCGGAGGUUGUAAAGUUCAUGUAAUUCAAUCAUAUCUGUCAGUGUUAGGAAGGCCCAGAGCCACAUUAGCACCCAAAAUUCAUUUCUCUCCUCCUGUCUGCUGAUGUAUCAAAUGCACUUUACUGAGCAUUAGGUCCCAUCACAAACACACACACACACACACAGUGUAACCUUCUACUGGAUGCAAAACUGAACCAAGCAACCUGUUUUUAACAUGGAAAACUUUGACAGAUAUAUUGUUGUUUUUCCUGUUGUUGUGUUUUUAUUCUUUUCAUUCUUUGGUGUUUGUAAAUGAGUUGUAAUUUUUUAAAGUGUGUUUUAUUUUUGUAUUUUUGUUCAUUUCGGGGAGGAGAGGUCAGAAGGAGAGUGUAUGAUGUGUGUCCUGCAUUCCACUGUCUCUCCUAUAACAUUCCCUUGAGUGUGUGUGUGUGUGUGCGUGUGUGUGCGUGUGUAUGGGUGCGUGCAUGUGUGAGAGACAGAGAGAUUGAGUGAGUGUCAAUGUGAGUGAGUUAAUGAGAAAGUUUGCAUGGGUUUGUGUUUGUGAGUGUAGGUACAUGCAGACACUAUUGUUACCAUUGUAAUUGCCAACUGUGUGAAGCUGAACUGCUUUGAAAGUGAAAGGUGUUAUUUUUGAUUUUCAAAACUGUACGUUCUGUUCAGUUUAGAGGAAUGGAAAAUAAAUUGCAGAAACCUCUGAAAAAG